AUGGCGACUCCCACUCUCAAACACGUCUUCACAGUGUCAAUCACACCAAAAGCGCCAAUCAAUGUAGGCGAAACUCCAAGAGGAAAGGCAAAUUGGUUCGAGAUCACGGGUGGUACGAUUACUGGAGUAGACGGCAGCCACAUUGCAGAUGUAAACUCAGGCGGAGGAGACUAUCUCACGCGAUUCGUCGAAGACAAUGUCGCUGAGGUGGAUUUGCGGCUCAUCGCCAAAGACUCGAAUGGGGAAUUGUUGCGCCUCACCGUAUCGGGAUUCGACUAUCUCGAUCGAGCAACUAUGCUGGCUUUGGAUGGCCGAGCUGGCGAGGAUCCGGGCAGCAGUGCGACAGACAUCAAGGAGCCGUACGGAUUUGAGAUACUCAAGUGCAGCACGGCGAGUCAAGAGUACAGGUGGUUGAACUUUGCCGUCUUGAUUGCUCGUGUAAGUUUUAUCAUGGGGGCUGCGGGUAUUGAAAGUGUUGAGUACAAGGUAUUCCACGUUACAAAGUAG